AUGCCGUCCCUUGUCCGGAAGUUGCUCAUCUUCGCUGCCGUCGACGGGCUGAUCCUCCAGCCGUCCCCGCCCCGCAACCACCCGCCGGCGACGCAGCAGGCCAUCAAGGUCGACUACAAGGGCAAUGUCAUGCCCUUAUUGAAGGAUAGACGAGAAGAGGAUACUGCGCCCGUGUCUGUGGAAGCGCAUGGCAUCAUUGGACUGCUCAAAGUCGCUACUUCUUACUUUCUAAUAUCGAUAUCCGACCGCGAACAAGUGGCGCUAAUACGUGGCAAGCCUAUCUAUAAGAUCACCGAUGUUGCCCUUAUUCCGCUCUCCUCACAGGCCGAUGCCGACAAGGCCAUUGCGGCCACGCGGGACCACUUGAAGCGCCGCAGUCGGGCACCAGGGUUGGGAGACGAGGACACCGACAGCGAUAGCGAAGAUGGCGCGCCAAGUCUGACGGACUCAAUUAUAGAAGACUCUUCGUCUGCACCGAGCGAAGUCAAGGACACGGUCACCGGGCAAAAAGGCAGUGCGUCCCAGAAGACUAGCGUGGCCGAAGAUGUCAUACAACGGAAGGGUGUAUAUGGUAGAUUCGCCGACAAGUGGUUUUCGCGCAAGGGCUGGAGCGCUGACAACAGGCGUCUACAAGGGCUAAGCUCCGAAGAGAAUCUGGCUGCGAAGAAUGUGUCGCAGAACGUUGAUUCAGGAGUGCCCAAAGAGGAGGAACACCCCAAGAGCGAGUCGAAGCCGGAUACGAUACCCACAGGUGACAAGGACAUCUCGGAACCAGUCAGUCCAGAAGCGAUACCCAAGGCUUUGAGCGGCGAGAAGGACGCAGCAACUGUAGCUCUCUUACCAAAGAUCCUACAGACCACCAAAAUGUACUUCUCAUCGGGCAACUUCUUCUUCUCUUACGACUAUGACAUCUCACACGGCAUUGGCCAGCAGCAACCCAGUUCUAGUGUGCCGUUAUUCAAGCAAUUCGAUCCUUUGUUCUUCUGGAAUCAGCACAUCAUUUCGCCGUUCAUCGAUGCUGGUCAACAUUCUUUCGUGCUCCCUGUAAUUCAAGGCUUUGUCGGCCAAAGACCCUUCACUAUCAAGACCGCGGAUGGCCAAUCGAGCAGUCUCGUAGUUGAUCCGAGUGCUACCCCAGACGACAUUCAGCUGCAGUCCUGGCAUGAGAAGCAAAAGGAAGAGUCACAACUUCCUACAGAAGCAAGUAGCGAAGCGCCAACUCCGGAUGCUUCUCUUGCAGAGGGUAAAGACUUUCUGUUAACUCUCAUCUCGCGACGAUCUACCAAGCGGGCUGGUCUUCGCUAUCUGCGACGAGGAACUGAUGACGAGGGAUGCACUGCGAACAGCGUGGAAACAGAACAAAUACUAUCAACACCAACUUUCAACACGACGCAAGACAAGAUCUUCUCCUUUACGCAAAUCCGUGGCUCCAUACCUUUGUUCUUCUCCCAAUCGCCUUAUAGCCUGAAGCCCCAGGUCUCUACUUGGGGAUCGUUUGACACCAACGCUCGAGCUUUCAAGAAGCAUUUCCUCGAUCUAUCUUCGCGCUACGGUGACAUCUACUGUGAUUCGCUCAUCGACAAACACGGUACGGAGGCAAAGAUUGGCGAACUUUACGAACAGCAUGCCAAGGCACUCAAUGAGAACGGGGGGAUUGAUGGAAAGGGCAAGCAACUGGGCUUUGAAUGGUUCGACUUCCACAACGUGUGCCGUGGUAUGCGAUUUGAAAACGUCUCAAAACUGAUGGACUCCAUCGAACCCUUUAUGACGUCUUCCGGCUGGGUGGAAAUCUCGGAAGAUCAAGUGCAGCGGAAGCAGUCUGGUGUCUUGCGCACGAAUUGUAUGGACUGCCUGGACCGCACCAACGUCGUCCAAUCUGCGUGCGCUAGAACCGCUCUCGAGGCCCAGUUGUCAACGGGCAGUUACAAGAUCGACCUCCAGAACGACCCUAGCACUUCGUGGUUCAACACUCUCUGGGCUGACAACGGUGACGCAAUAUCUCGACAGUAUGCUGGCACCGCCGCGUUAAAAGGUGACUUUACGCGCACCCGAAAACGACAGAUAACCGGUGCGCUUACCGAUUUUGGACUGACACUUACGAGAUAUUACAACAAUAUCGUAAAUGACUAUUUCGCUCAAGCUGUCAUUGACUACCUCCUCGGCCGCGCCACUGAUACCAUCUUUGCAGAGUUCGAAGCUGACAUGAAGAGCUCGGAUUAUUUUAUUGACGUGCGCAAAGUACGACAACAGGCCAUCGAGCGUUCUGCUAGUAUCGUGAUUGAGGACCGUGACGAAGAUCUGGUACACGGAUGGACCCUGAGCGUACCCACCGCUGUCAACCAAGUCAAGACUGCCACGUUUGAAGAAGCCAUUCUCCUACUAACGGAGAAAGCCUUGUACUUCUGCCGUCUCGACUGGGGCACAGAAAAGGUACGCGAGUUUGAACGCAUUCCGCUUGAGAACGUGCAGGGCCUCAUGCGCGGCGUUUACAUUACGUCUACACUAGCACAACGACACACAGACAUGGACAAGAACGUUGGUCUCAUCAUACGGUACCGAGCCGACACCCAAGGCGAGCUAGUACGGCGAAAUACAAGGGCUCUAGAUUCAGGAGCCGCCAACGACGAGCAGCGAAAAGACGACGCUAAGAAGGACCAGAAGCAGGAUGCCGCGGGCCGCUUCUUAGCGUUCAAGGCGUUGCCACCGAGAAGCAGUGUUCCGUCAUCUCCUGGCGACACUCCAGAGAAUGAGGGCGAGGUAGUGAAGUCAGUCUGCGAUGAAAUCGUGAGGAUCGCCAACGAGAUGAAGAAAGGAGGAAGAGACGAAGACAGAACACUGGAGGUAGAGGAAAAGGAUAUCAUCAGCCUUGCGGACGCGAAGAAGACUACGGGCUACCUGGAGCAGUUCGAGUAUUCCUUGAAGAAGCUUGUUUGGGGUUAA